CUCCUUUUUUUUUCCUUUUGUUUUUGAGUUUAGGAUUAUGGAACAAUUUCUGUGUGAUGUAUAUCAGUGUCUGAUUUCCUGAUCUCUGUUUUAUUCUCUAUUCAUGUAAAUUGUCCCUUUUCUUGACCUUUUUCAUAAGGUCAAAUGCAGCAGGGAUCAAGAUUUGGCUGAACGGUGUCUAGCUGCACUUACUGAAUGUGCUGCCAGUGGAGAUGGGAAUAUUCUGGCUCUUGCAGUGGAUGCAGCUCGUGCAAGAUGUACAGUUGGAGAAAUCACAGAUGCUAUGAAAAAGGUGUUUGGUGAACAUAAAGCUAAUGAUCGUAUGGUGAGUGGAGCCUAUCGCCAGGAAUUUGGAGAAAGUAAAGAGAUAUCAUAUGCUAUCAAGAGGGUUAAUAAAUUCAUGGAACGUGAAGGUCGCAGACCUCGUCUUCUUGUGGCAAAAAUGGGACAAGAUGGACAUGACAGAGGAGCAAAAGUUAUCGCUACAGGAUUUGCUGACCUUGGUUUUGAUGUGGACAUAGGUCCUCUUUUUCAGACUCCCCGUGAAGUGGCCCAGCAGGCCGUGGAUGCAGAUGUGCAUGCUGUGGGUGUGAGCACACUUGCUGCUGGUCAUAAAACCCUGGUUCCUGAGCUCAUCAAAGAGCUCAACUCCCUGGGACGGCCAGAUAUUCUUGUCAUGUGUGGAGGGGUGAUACCACCACAGGAUUAUGAAUUUCUUUUUGAAGUUGGAGUUUCCAAUGUAUUUGGUCCUGGGACUCGAAUUCCAAAGGCUGCCGUUCAAGUGCUUGAUGAUAUUGAGAAGUGUUUGGAAAAGAAGCAGCAAUCUCUGUAACAUCCUGUUUUUGUGUUAGCUUUUUUCUAAAAUAGUCUUUCAGUGACAAUCAGAGAGUAAAACCAUGUCUUCAGUUUAAUUCAACACUUGAUAUGUGCUUUCUUGAAAGCUUUACAUUAAAAUACCUGACUUAUAAGAA